AUGGGGUUUGCAGAGGUUUUACUCAUACUAUUUCUGACAUUGGGUCCAAUGGGUUCAACAGGAGAAGAAAAUACAUCCACAGACAUAACUUUCCCCCUCCCGGCCAACUGCCCAAAAAGAUGUGGUAACAUUAGCUUCGAGUACCCUUUUGGUAUAGGCAGCGGCUGCUAUCGUGCAGGUUUUAACCUUACCUGCAUAAGCCAUUCCACUGAUCCUCCUACUCGUAGCCUCUUCUUGGGCGAUGGCACCGUUGAGGUCAUUGAUUUUGAUAUGGACAAUGGAAUCGUGUACGUGAAAACUCCAAUUGUCACCAUGGAUGUCGAUGAGGAAUAUAUCAACCACACAUUGAUUGAUCUGGGGAACUUCCCCUUCUCUUUUAACUUGGAGGCAAACUUUACUGACAGUUUCACUAUUUCAUUGGCAUAUAACGAGAUUUUAGUCUUUGGUUGCAGCGCUAAUGCUGAUCUAGUUGAUCUUGCUACCAACAAAACCAUUAAUACUUGCUCAACUACCUGUUUUGCCAAUAGUUCAAGUCCAUAUGAAUACUGGUACUCUUUUGAUACAGGAUACUGUAGUUUUGACAUGUAUAAUUUGAAUGCUGAGAAUUUGACUUCCUUGGGGAUUCGAUUAACUCGUCUCAACCAGACCGAGCAUCAUUUGUUUAACGCCUCUAUCAUUAAGGCCUUCUUGUAUAGCGAAAGAAAUUUUACUAACGAGAAUAUCGAAGGAAUAGUGAACGGGACAAAAACACAAGUAGCUGUUACCACCCUAGCGUAUUACAUCAUUGACCACCCAACAUGUAAAGAGGCUAACCAGCAUAGGACAACUUACGCUUGCCUCAGUUACAAUAGUGAUUGCUACGAUAUCUUUCCUGAGAUAAUUCAUAUAAAUUAUACUAUUGGAUAUAUAUGUCGGUGUUCAUUAAGUUAUCAAGGCAAUCCCUACAUGCCCAAUGGCUGCCAAGAUGCAAUAUUCACACAAUCUCUGCCAAAUAACUGUUUAACAAAAUGUGGGGAUAUUAACAUCUCCUUUCCAUUUGGGUUGGAAGAGGGCUGCUACAGAGACCAGUCAUUUUUUCUAUCAUGCAACUGGACGACUAAGCCUCCCACUCUUCUCUUCCAAGACUACUACAUAGUGAUGAAUAUGUCAUUGGAGGAAGGGACAUUGGAAGUCAAGAGAAUAUAUGAUUAUGAGUACUUUUCCUUUGCAUACGAAAAUCAACCUUUCAUUGGUUUUGAAGAGCUAAUCAUCUUGAAUUGGAUAAUCACAGACCAGUCCUGCAAGGAUGCUAAGCUGAACACGACCACAUUCGCAUGUAUCGACCAAAACAGCUCAUGUAAUGAUGAGAAAAUUAGUCGUCAUGGUCAGAAAAUUUCGGGAUAUCGUUGCCAAUGUAACAAUGGUUACGAAGGAAAUCCAUAUCUCCUAAAUGGAUGUAGAGAUAUUGAUGAGUGUCGCAAUCCCCAAAAAUAUGUUUGCUAUGGAACUUGUACUAACACGAACGGCAGUUAUAGUUGCACGUGCCCACCUGGGUCGUCCGGUGAUCCUACUCAAAAAGCUUGUAUCCCUGGCAAAAAGCAUACUGUUGUAUUGGGUGUCAUCAUCGGCGUAAGUAAUGGCGUGGGCCUAUUGCUAUUGAGUGCGAGUUUGAUUAUCCUAAGGACGAAAUGGAAGAAAAGAAAACAAAAGAGGAUAAGAGAAAAACACUUCCGUCAGAAUCAUGGUUUACUGCUACAACAACUCAUCUCUUCCCGUGAAGAUGUUGCUGAGAGAACAAAGAUAUUUCCUCUUGAAGAGAUAGAAAAGGCAACCAACAAUUUUGAUGAAACUCGAGUGCUCGGUCGUGGAGGACACGGAACAGUUUACAAAGGGAUUCUGUCGGAUCAACGCGUAGUCGCCAUAAAGAAGUCAAAGAUUGUGAAGAAGAGCGAGAUAGAUCAAUUCGUCAAUGAGGUUGCAAUUCUUUCUCAGAUUAAUCAUAGAAACGUGGUAAAGCUUUUUGGAUGCUGCUUGGAGACCGAAGUGCCCUUAUUGAUCUAUGAAUUUAUCUCAAACGGAGCUCUUUCGGACCAUCUCCAUACUUCAGAUGGUAGUUCUGCAUUGUCAUGGGAAGCUCGUCUGAGGAUCGCUACAGAAACCGCAGGAGCACUUGCUUAUUUGCACUCGGCUGCUUCAAUAUCUAUUUUACACAGAGAUGUUAAGUCAUCGAACAUUCUCUUGGAUGAUCACUUCACAGCAAAAGUAUCAGAUUUUGGGGCUUCAAGAUUUAUUCCACUUGAUCAAACUCAUAUAGUUACCGGCAUUCAAGGUACCUUUGGAUACUUGGAUCCAGAGUAUUAUCAAACAAGUCAAUUGACAGAGAAGAGCGAUGUUUAUAGCUUUGGGGUCAUUCUUUUGGAGCUUUUAACAGGAAAGAAACCUAUUUUCUCCGUCGAACAUGAGAAUAAACAGAACCUGUCAAUAUAUUUUCUCCAAGCACUACAAGAGAAGCGCUAUUUUGAUCUCGUGGAAGAUCGUGUUAUGAAAGAAGGGACUAAACAAGAACUUAUGGAAGUUAUUCAACUAGUAGCAACGUGCUUGAAAUUUAAAGGAAGCGAAAGGCCUACGAUGAAAGAAGUGGAGUAUAAACUACAGAACCUAAUAAGGAUUAGAAAGAAUGGAGGACGUCAUAUUGCAGAAGGUAAUGAAGAAACUGAGUACCUAUUGAGCGAUUCAUCUUAUACUUUCUCUGAUUCAGUUGACCAAGCAACCGAAGGGACAUCCAGGAAUUAUAGCUUAGAAAAAGAAUUCAUGUGGUCACAUUAUAACCCACGGUGAUUGUGUACUGCACUAAUAUUUAUAUUUGUGUGUAUUGACAAUAUAAACCUAACGCAUCUUAU